AUGGAUUUUAGAAGCGUAGAAGGCAAAAUUGUUCAAUGGUUAGCUGAAUCGGACACCGAAUUUUUAUCCGACAAUGAACUUCAUUCAUCCGAUUCUGAGGAAGAGAAUAAUGUUGAGACGGAAGUACAUGUCCCUUCUGAGGAAAGUAAGGAAGAAGCUUCAGACUCUUCGGGGGACGAAUUGUUAGUUUCACGUCGCGGGCGUAAUCGAAGGUUAGUGUUAGAUUCUGAUGAUGAUACAAUAAACACGGAUCAGGCGGAAUCCAGCAGUGAUACUCAAACACAAGUACCGCAAUUACAUCCGACAGUUAUUCAGCCGAGCCAGCGUAACUUGUACGGUAAGAACCGACACAGAUGGUCAACAAAUCCUCGUGACCCACGCACACGUACAAGUAGUCGUAAUGUGAUACAUGUCGUACCUGGUCCUUCUGGAUUGGCUAAAGAGGUCUCAGAGCCGAAGGAACUAUUUCAGCUUUUUGUGACGGAAGAAAUGAUCGAUGCCAUCGUGCAAUUUACAAACGCAGAUAUUGAUAUAAAGAGUAAUAAGUACAAACUUUCUAAAUUCACCACUUCUCAGACGUCGGCUAAUGAAGUCAAGGCUUUACUGGGUCUACUUAUUCAAUCUGCUGCCCUGAAAACCAUGCCACUGAACAAUGACCUCGUCUUGGGCAUCCUCAAUGAUGGUAACUGUUCCGAGUUGGACUUCGACGACGACGAUGAAGAGUUUAUUCCUCUGCAGCUGGAAAAUGAUGAAGAAGGUGAAGUUGGGCUAUCCUCUCCGCCUCGCUUAUCUGCGGCAGCUGUGAAAUCGGAAAAUAUUAAAGGUAAAGCGUCUAAAAGGAAGUCUACAUCUGAUAACAUGAAUGAGAGUGAAGCAGGCCCAUCUUGUUCUAAAAAGUCAAAACAAACACCUUGUUCAAAAGUAACACAAAAAUCAAAGGCUGUUAUAGUGAAAUUGCCUGCUCGUAAAAGAUUUGAAGUUGCUGAGACACACAUCUGCACUCCUGACAGAGAUCGGCGCGAUUCAUCCUCAUUACUUGAAACGCAGGCACAAACUUCGGGCAGAUACAAACCCGCUAAUCAUCCGUCUGUGGGAAAGAGGUUUGAUGGUUACGAACACUUUCCUAUUUUUGACGACUUGAAGGCUCCUCGCAAAUGUCGCUCAGAGAUUUGUUCAUGUCGCUCUAAAAUUAGGUGCCGUAAAUGUGAUAUUUACUUAUGCUUGAGUCGUGAUAAAGACUGCUUUUUUGUAUCACCAAAGAAACAAGUCUUAUUUGAUAACGUUUCCUAUGUAAAGACUGUGAUUUAG